AGAAGAAGGAGGAGGAGGCGCUCGGUGUUUGAAAGUGGCGGGCAGUAACAACAUUCAACUCAUAGAUAUUGACGGGCGAAGGACUAAAGUUCAUCAAGUUAGUCUUAACAAGUAAAGUUUUAUCAAGAGUGCCCGGUAGUAGUGCCAGGCAUUAUAAGUCAGAAUCGCCGAAUGCAGUUUUCGUGAUAUUUAAACGCUAAUACUGGAGGAAACGUGAGAGGAGUCUUGCAUCAUGACAAAUGAGGAUGUGAAGGUGAUCCCAGUGCGGGUUGCCUUGCGUUGUCGGCCAUUGGUGCCUAAAGAAAUCAGUGAGGGAUGUCAGUGUUGCCUCACUUUUGUGCCAGGGGAGCCGCAGGUGAUUGUUGGCACAGAGAAAGCGUUUACCUAUGAUUAUGUAUUCGAUCCCACUGCUGAACAAGAGGAAGUCUUCAGUACAGCCGUGUCUUCCUUACUGAAUGGGCUUUUCAAAGGCUACCACGCCACAGUUCUUGCAUACGGACAGACGGGAUCAGGGAAGACUUUCUCCAUGGGAGGAACUUACACAUCAGCUCAAGAAAAUGAUCCUUCGGUCGGAGUUAUUCCACGAGUUAUCAGAAGAAUAUUUGAGGAACGGGAGGCGAGGACAGACUGUGAAUUCUAUCUGUCAGUAUCUUACCUUGAGAUUUAUAAUGAAGAUAUAUUGGACUUGUUAUGUGCAUCUAAAGAUAAACCUGCCCUCAGCAUUCGGGAAGAUCCUAAGGAGGGCAUUAAGAUUGUGGGUUUAACUGAGAGGCAGGUGUUCUCUGCCAGCGAGAUGGUGGCUUGUCUGGAGCUUGGGAAUUCUGCUCGUACUGUCGGCUCCACAGCGAUGAAUGCCGCUUCUUCACGCUCACAUGCUAUCUUCACCAUCACUCUGGAGCAGCGCAGAGGAACAGACAAAGUUGACUCCAUCGUUUCAAAAUUGCACCUUGUGGAUUUGGCUGGUUCAGAAAGGCAAAAGAAAACCAAAGCAGAGGGAGAUCGUUUAAAGGAAGGCAUCAGCAUCAAUCGUGGUCUUUUGGCUCUGGGUAAUGUGAUCAGUGCCUUGGGGGAUGAAAGCAAGAAAAAUGCCUUUGUUCCUUACAGAGACUCCAAGCUCACCCGCCUACUACAAGAUUCUUUGGGAGGCAACAGCCACACUUUGAUGAUUGCAUGCGUCAGUCCUGCAGAUUCAAACAUGGAGGAGACCAUCAACACACUGCGAUACGCUGACAGAGCUCGCAAGAUUAAAAACAAACCUAUUGUCAAUGUUGACCCCAGAGCUGCAGAAAUGAACCUUUUAAAAAAACAGGUUCAGGAGCUGCAGGUGUUGCUACUUCAUGCCCGUGGAGGAGUAGCUCCAGUACUCUCUGGGCCAGAAUCUGCAGAGAACGUGACUAAGCUGUUAGAAAGGAACCGCGCUCUGCAGGACGAGAACAAUAAGCUGAGCAGGGAGCUGAGUGAGGCAGCCGGACAGACUGCUUUCAUGUUUGAGAAGAUAAUAAUGACCGAACAAGCAAACGAGAAACUGCAAAGCAAACUGGAACAACUGCGGCACCAUACAGCAUGUACAGUGGAUCUUGAGAAAGUGUUGGAGCAACUGGAAGACCAAGAGUUAAAGGAGAAUGUCGAGGUGAUGAAAAACCUGCAAGAUGUCAUCUUGGAGCUCAAGAAUGAGAGUGCAGGAAUCACCGCCUCCAUUGAUGCUAUGGCUGCCGGAGAGGAAGGACCUGAGGUUUCAGGGAAUAACAGUAAAAAUACAUCAGAUGAGUCCCCAUCGGACGUCACUGCCAUUGUGGGUAAGGACUCCCCGGAGGCCUUUGCAACCCAUCAUGCAUUGCGGCAGGCCCAGCUCUCCAAGGAACUGAUUGAAUUGAACAAAGUGUUGGGCUUGAAAGAAGCGUUUGUGAGAAAAAUGUGCCAGAAUGACACCCAGCUGGAGCCGAUGCAGUCGGAGCACCAGAAAAAUGUACAAGCUCUACAGUCAGCAGUGGACUCCCUGCAGAAGGAGAAAGAGGAUCUGGUUUUGGCGCUACAGUCUGCAAAGAAAGACACUAACCAGGCUAAACUUAGUGAGCAGCGGAGGAAGAGACUGCAGGAGCUUGAGGGCCAGCUAGCAGACAUGAAGAAGAAGCUUCUUGAGCAGUCCAAAGUGCUGAAACUCAAAGAGUCCUCUGUUCAGAAAGUUAGCAAGCUCAUGCAGGAAAUACAGGCCAUGAAGACCCAGCGUACACAGCUGAUGAGGCAAAUGAGGGAGGACUCUGAAAAAUUCAGAAACUGGAAGAGCAAGAAGGACAGGGAGGUGCUGCAGCUAAAGGAGAAGGAUCGUAAACGGCAGUACGAGUUGCUUAAGCUUGAGAGGGAUUUCGAGAAACAGGCUAAUGUUCUGCGCCGUAAAACUGAGGAGGCUGCAGCAGCAAACAAGCGACUGAAAGAUGCUCUACAGAAGAGGAGUGAGGUAGCAGAGAAACGCAAAGAUGUCCAUAACAGAGGAAUGGAGGGCGCUGCUGCAAGAAUCAAGACAUGGCUUCUCAACGAAGUGGAGGUCAUGGUCAGCACAGAGGAGGCCCGGCGCCACCUCAAUGAUCUGCUGGAGGACAGGAAGGUCUUGGCUCAGGAGAUCAACAACCUCAAACAGCAGAUGGAGGCAGGGGAAAGACCUGCUGCCAAAAUCAGACGUCGGACCCUGAUCAUCUCUGAGCUGGAGAACCAGGGGGCACUGGAAACACCUCUGAGCAAACAGGUGGAGAACCUGGAGACAGAGAUGGGCCUCAGGAACGCCCAGAUAGCUGACCUUCAGCAGAAAGUUCUUGUUGCAGACAGCGAGGGGCGUCUGAAACAGCGCAUAGACAGCAUCACAAGCAUGGUCGAUGCCAAGUGUGCCCUGAAGGUCCUGAUGUCUGAGCUGGUGUCUGCUAAAACAGCCAGUUCCAAGCUGGAGAGCGAAGUCAAACAGGAGAAAGGGAAUGCACAAGAUUUAAGGAAGAUGCUGGCUGAUGAGAGAAAUGUGAUGUCAACCAUGGACAUGGAGCACCAGCAGCAGUUAGUGGAACUAGAGCAGAGGCAUCAAGAGAAGGUUCUUUACCUCCUUGGCCAGCUACAGAGCAAACCCAUAUGUGGAGAGGCAGACGAAACAAAGCAGAAAGAUGAGAAUUCAAAGGACGAUGAGCUUCUCCAGCGCCUUAAAGUUCAGGAGGAGGAAUUACGAGAAUUGAAUGAGCAAAACCAGAAACUGGUGGAGCAGAAUGAGCAAUACAAACAGAAAUUCUCAUUGCUCCAUCUGGCAAGUGCAAAGAAAAUCCUCACUCCUACAGCCAACAAUGAAAACAGUCCAGACGACUCGUUUGAGUACAUUCCUCCAAAGCCUAAAGGGAAGCGCUUCACCACAGCGAAAGCACCGCUGAAUACGACCAUCGCCAUUGAAGAGCUGAUAUCUCCCAGUGAGGAUGAGAAUGACGAGGAAGAGGAUGAGUGGCGUCCUGAGAAAACUGAGAAGGGGCGCAGAAUCUCAAAGAAAGCAAAAGCCACUGGGUGUGCAUGUAAAGGUCGCUGCAUCAACAAACAGUGCAGGUGCCGCAAAGGAAAGAUGGCAUGUGGGGAGAACUGCCAGUGUGAUCACGAGAAAUGUCGAAAUAUGGAUAACCAGGGGCCUGCUGAGGAUGUAAGCCAGACAGAAAGUGUUUCCAGAGACUCUGUGUCUCUCGAAGAUCCCACAUCCGUCAGCCCUGACAACACCACAUUCUUUAAGCCACCUUCUUGUACGCCCACUAAGAAGGUGCUAAAAGAAAUUGGAGACAUGGGGCAUGCCUCUGCAGACCUAAAGUUGGCCAGGAAACCUAUUUUGCCUGAGGAAGAGGAGGAGGAUGACUGUGAAGAGGAGGAGAGAACAACAGUCAGCUUGCUCAAGAAGAAGAAAAGACUCUUGACGAGUUUUCAGAACAGUUUUUUCUCCGGAUGCACUCCUAUCAGAGAGGAAUCUUAAUCAGGAUAGAGCAGGGCAGGGCUUUUUGCAUUAGGUGUCCAUAUGUGCUUAAAUGUUUUGUCAACGUUGUGUCUUUUUUUUUUGUGAUUAAACUGUAGUGUACUGUAACUUGAAAGUAGCAUUCGGCUCUGUAACUCUUCUGUUUUCUGUAGAGGGUAACUAAAGGACUGUGAAUAGAAAUGAAUUGUUUACAGAUUAACUAAGGCCUAAAGUAGGACUAAAUUGACUUUGGUAGAAUACUGAUUUGAUAUAUUUUAACAGUCCACAGUCAACCCAUUUUACACUAGUCAGCACACCAUUACAACACAACAUCUCGGGGAGAACGUGAGGUUUUUAACUGUGUUUUACUAUCAGAACUGAAUAAAGUCUGACAGUCAAAUCAUCUUGUUUUUAAGGAACAUCAUAUUGUUUUGGUUUUUGAUUUGUCCGAAUUUAACAUCUGAAUGUCAAAUAGUUGAUAUGAAAUAAUUUAUUCAUUCUUUAGUUUUACUUUUGGACUCACUUCAUUGCUGUAUCUUAGUAGGCCUGCACAAGAAGAGAAAAAUCUGUGAUGUGGGCUGACAUUUCUCAAUAUCGCGAUAAACAAAUGUUUAAAUGGCCACACUAGCUCUUUUCUCCUCCCUCAGGCAUCGUGCUAGUCAGCCUCACUGCUACCAGCACAAUGACACCAAUUACUCAGAGGUUAGAUGAAGGCCAGUAAGGACUUCAUGUGAUUGGCCGAAUGGUGCGAAUGCGUGACCCACAUCUCCAGGGCUCCAUCUAAUGGGUCAUGCACUGUAUGUGUAAAUACAUUCUUAUUCAUUGCAUCUCAGGCAGCCUUAAGUUUAUAUCACAGUGACGAUAAAAAUACAACUUUGCAUUUCUUGUUCAUUGAAAAGGUUUUUUGACAUUCAAUGAAAAACAAUCUAAAGUGAAACCCUGCAUUCAUAUUAGUUACACUGUGUGGUUUUAGAUCAGCUGUUUAUUGUAGCACACACAUUUCUUUCUCUCAAAUCCCCAAAUGUUCAGAAGAACAGAAUGAAUUGUAAUUCAGCAAAAUUGUGAAACCACAUUGUUUUUGGUAUUUUCACAUGAUAUAUUUUUCCUUGUUUUGCUGCUGGAAAACAUUUAUUUUCUUUCCAUCCCUUGGUUUCUGCAAGGGCAGCUAAGUCAAAUGUUUUGAAGUCAAGAAUUUGAAUUUAUUUAUUUCUUGAAUCCAAGUUAAGUGCAUCUUAUUAGCCUCUUUGUUGUACCUCUAUGUUAAAAUAUAAAUCCAAAUCCUCACAGAUUAUUUCAGGUGUCAACAUGAGCAUUUUCUGAGACACAAUCCACAGUCCAUCACAUUUUGGUGAGCAGUCUUUCUGUUUUCCACGUUGUUCUAGUAGCAGAUGAAUAAAAUAGUGCAAUUAAUAAACUAUAA